GACCCUGUGCUAUAGAAGAUGCACUACUACCGAUAUUCUAAUGCAGAAGUCAGCUGUUGGUACAAAUACCUGCUCUUCAGCUACAAUAUUGUCUUCUGGCUAGCUGGAGUGGCCUUCCUUGCAGCUGGUCUGUGGGCAUGGAGUGAAAAGGGUGUAUUGUCUGAUCUGACAAAGGUGACUGGUCUUCAUGGUCUGGAUCCAGUGGUGCUUGUCUUAGUCGUGGGAAUAGUGAUGUUUACUCUGGGAUUUGCUGGCUGUGUAGGAGCACUGAGAGAAAAUAUUUGCCUUCUGAAGUUUUUCUGUGCAGCUAUUGUGUUUAUAUUCCUGCUGGAGCUGACAGCAGCAGUUCUGGCUUUCCUGUUCCAGGAUUGGGUGAGGGACAGGGUCAAGGAAUUCUUUGAGAAUAACAUUAAAUCCUACCGAGAUGAUAUUGACCUCCAGAACCUUAUUGAUUCACUACAGAAAAUCAACCAUUGCUGUGGUGCCCAAGGUCCAGAUGACUGGGACUUCAACAUAUACUUUAACUGCAGCAGUGAAAGCAAAAGUCGUGAGAAGUGCGGCGUCCCUUUUUCCUGUUGUAUACCUGAUCCUGCUCAAAAAGUUGUGAAUACACAGUGUGGCUAUGAUGUCAGAAAGAAGAGCAAGAGUCAAUGGGAUGAUCAGAUUUUUGUCAAAGGUUGUAUUGUUGCUCUUGAAGCUUGGUUACCCCGAAAUAUCUACAUUGUUGCAGGUGUCUUCAUAGCUAUCUCAUUGCUCCAGAUUUUUGGGAUUUUCCUAGCCAGGACAUUGAUUUCUGAUAUUGAAGCUGUAAAGGCGGGUAAUGCCUUCUGAAUAUAAAAGCAGACACGUGUUGCAAAAAUAUGUUUUACCUGUAGUGAUUGGACACCAAGGUGGAAGAAACGCACAGACCGUGAAGGACUCCUGUUAUUAAAAACCUUAUGUGGAUUUUACCUGCUCAUGCUUUUUGUUAGAAGCUGGUACAAAAAAUAAUCCAAGCACACACCCACUCACCUUUUUUCUGCCUUUUUUUCUAAUGAGAUAACUUAGUGCACCGGUGUUAUCUCUGGGAGCAAAAUGGAAUUUCACAAUAUAUUGGCGGAAC